AUGGUUAAUGCGAACGAGCCUACCCAUCUCUCCACCGAUCAUCUGCCGCUCAUUACCAAGUACGUUGAUGACAUGAGUGGUGGGCUGCGGAUGGUCAGCAUUGAAAUACACGAUAACCCUGAAGUUGGAUAUAAGGAGAAACAUGCUCACGCAGUUCUGACGGACUAUCUCCAGCAGAAAGAUGGUUGGCGGGUGGAACGAUCAGCCUACGGCAUAGAGACGGCGUUCGUAGCCGUCUACGAUGGUUGUAGGCCUGGUCCUGUGGUGUCUUUCAAUGCAGAAUACGACGCUCUUCCGGGCAUUGGACAUGCCUGCGGCCAUAAUCUCAUCGCAAUCUCUACCUUGGCCGGUGCGCUGGCAACAGCCAACCUACUGAAGGACGAGCAGUUGGGGGGGAAGGUUGUCCUGUACGGUACGCCUGCAGAAGAGGGGGGUGGUGGCAAGAUUAAACUCCUCAGUGCCGGAGCAUACCGAGACCAUAAGGUCGACAUCUCCCUUAUCUCGCACCCUGGCAUUACGUGCGACGCGGCGCUCGUCCGAACUGCAGCAUAUGCCUCACUUAAGGUUGAGUACUUUGGCCGCGAAGCACACGCAGCGGCUAGACCGUGGGAUGGCAUAAAUGCGCUUGAUGCUCUAAUCACCGCCUACAAUGCCAUAUCUGUCCUACGCCAGCAGACGCAGCCUGGUGAUAUCAUUCAAGGCCAGAUCACCAAUGGCGGUCUACGACCAAACAUCAUUCAUGCUUACAGCUCCGGCCGCUUUGUUGUGCGUUCGACUAGUCAAGCUCGCCUAGACGCCUUGAAGAAGCGAGUGAUUGCAUGCUUUGAAGCUGGCGCCACCGCCACCGGCGCUGAACUUAAGCUUACACUCGGCGGAUCGUAUGCGGACCAUAUGCCCAACCGUGCUCUCGGCCGUAGCUACCGGCACUUCUUCAAUAGGAUGGGUGGCAGUAUCGUAAGAGGAGAUGUAGAUAUCAUCGAAGCUGCUACUACGGCAUCUACUGAUCAAGGAAACAUUAGCUAUGCUAUGCCGAGUCUGAGUCCCAAUUUCUGGAUCCGGAGCGAGGACGCUGAUGGGAAACAGCUCGGUGGACCACACACUCCAGAUUUCGCGAAGGCUUCUAGAACCGAAGAGGCGCAUAGCCUAGCAAUGAGAGUUGGGAAAGCAUUGGCGGCAACUGCUGUGGAUGUCCUGACUAGGCCGGAAUUAUUGAAAGAAGCCAAAGAUGAGUUUCAAAAGCUCAAACAAGACCUCCAGGCCGCCUUGCGUUGA